AUGAUGCUCCACGGCCAACGUCAAGCUCAAAUCACCCCAUUCUUCGCGCAAUCCCAACACCGUCCAGCCCUAAAGCGUCCCUUUGCACUGUCAGCAUCCCCCUCACCCUCGUGCUCACCAUCUUCCUUGUCACCAGCGCAUGACUACGGCUCUCAGCCCACCGCAAAGCGGAACUUACUCACCACAUUCGAGGACGGGUCCAACGACAAGACCUAUUCCCAGCGGUUUCGGGAGAGAUUAGAGGGAUACCGAGCCUGCAAGGAAAAGGAACUUGGUGACCCGUUUAACCCUGAUAGAAUUUCUAGCUGCAACUGCGGCCUCAGUCCCAGCCCUGACCGGACAGUGUGUGAAGAGGAUUAUGACGACGAGUGUUACGAUGAUGCCAACUAUGACGAUAAUGAUAAUGGUGAGAUUCUCGUACAGGAGUCUGUGUUGCUAGAUGAGGGUGAUUGUCUCUGUGACAGCGAGCACGGCCAUUAUACUGCUAUAGUGAGAGGCGAUAGCGUACACCCGCAGCAGCAUUCAGAGCCACAGCCGGAACCGCAACCGCAGUUCAUACCGGAACACGAAACAGAGCGCUACGCUCCUCUCUCAAACGAGGCUAUUAAUAACAUCUUGCUGCAAUGUGCGCCGUCUUCGGCGUCCACGCAGACGUGGAUAAGAACACACAGGGCGAAUGAAGUUGAUAAGGAGAGGAAGAAGGCGCUUUUCAAGCAGCGGGAUGACCUUCGAAGGCAGGUGUUACAGCUGCGGCCAAAGAGCGAGUGGACUAUGAACAGAGCUGUUAAAGCCCCUGUGUUUAAGCUUCUUUAUGAUGGCAUUGAGAACGGGGUUGGGGUUGGUGACUUUGGAGCGAAUUCUGUAGCAAGUCCUGAGAUAUCGUUGCCGAGUGAGGCGUCCUCAUAUGGGCAGGAUAACAACCUGAUCGGAUUCAGCUAUCGUGGGCGCCCCUAUAUUCUCGACGAGAAGGAUAAACAGUGGAUGAAGGUCUUUAGAUCGACUGGGAGACUUCAGGUAGCUGUGUGCUAUGAAGAGGCGUCCAUCGUUCCUUCACGCACCAUGCAAGAGUUUCAGAAGUAUUUCAGUAUCUCGGACCAGUGGUGA